AAAUUUUGACAAUAUGAUUGGACGACUGGUUUCCUGGAAGAAUCGUGAUUAAAAAGCGAGUUUCCGUAACCCAAUCACAGUUACAAAACCGGUCGCGCCGGUGACAUGUGUCGCAAAGUCGCUGGCGCAACAAGAUUGAAGAAGAAUGCCGGUAACUGCUACUGACUCUGGCGUGAUCACUUCAUUUUUCUGCUUCAUAAUUAUAUUUGGUACUUUUUCAAACGGCUUGGUCGUUUUGACAUACAUAAAAUGGCGAAAAACGAUGUUAUGGAAGCCAAAAGAUCUUCUAAUCCUGAGCCUGGCUUUCGGUGAUUUUGUGACGUGCCUUUUCGUUUGCCCUCUCGUCUUAUCCUCGGCAAUAUCGCGAACAUGGCUUUGGGGAUAUCCUGGCUGCGUUUUUUACGCUUUCAUUACGGCCUGGGUAGGCUUGGCAUCAAUGAUGCAGCUGGCGAUUUUAUCAAUUGAACGAUACAUUACCCUCCGAAGUUCAAACCUACAUGUCGUGUCAAAACGGCAAAUAAUCCUAGCGAUUCUUGCUUGCUGGCUGUUCACAUUCAUCAUUUGUUGUUUACCUCUUACUGGUUGGUCCGAGUACACUUUUGAAGCCCUGGGACUACAUUGCUCAAUGAAUUGGGAAAAGAAAUCUGUGAGUAAUUUAACAUUUUGUCUCUUCCUCCUGAUCGUAUUUUUCUUCAUGCCUAUCUGCGCCAUCGUCGGUUCCUAUUUGAAAGUUUUCUUCGUUGUUCGUCGAAUAUAUAAAAACGCCAUUGAAAUGUGGGGACCUGAAGCACAGGCAACCAAACAAAGCUACGUAUCUCAAGUGAAGUCUGCAAAAAAUCUCCUGCUUGUGAUUUCUGCAUUUAUCUUAGCUUGGUCUCCCUAUGCUAUCAUGUGUGUGAUGAUAUUGUUAUUUGAUUUAGCCAUUCCGUUACGAACUCGACAAUACCCAUCCAUGUUUGCCAAGACAGCUUUGAUUUCUAAUCCAAUUAUAUAUUUCUUUGGUUAUCGCAAAUUACGUAGAAGAGCUUUAGCGAUGCUGGGGAUUCAAAGUUGCAAAUGCUAAACGACCCUUCAGUUGCUCGGUCCGUUGAAGACACUCGUGAGCUUUAACUACAUGCUAAGGCUCACAACACCGAGAGGAAUCAAGAAACACUCGAUCAGACAUAGCAAGAUUGUAUUUGAACCGAUUACCCUAUAUACAUAGAGUUAACGCUAUCAAGAGUCUCCUCAAAUCACUCUUUAAAUAUCAAUUGUUUAAAAAUACGUUUUGAAAGUUCCUUCAUGAAGCUGCAAUUUUCCUUUAUCUGUACGUAAUUGGGCUUGUAUAUCGUUUUGCAAGCAUGUUAAUUCACAUGUAUAUAUAAAAUACUGUUGUUAUAGCCAUUCUGAAGAAGCAUAACAUAAUGAUCUACCCCUGGUGUUGAUAGAUGAAUUGACAAAAACCACGUAUAUAUCUAUCUAUUCAAUAACUCCGUUAUUCAUCCUUGUAGCGGCUAAGCUGCAUGAUUCGUCAAUAAAAUUUCUACAUAUGCACCUGGACCGGCUUUUCUAAUCCGCACUUUUUUAAUAUUAAAUGCAAAGUGCCAAAGUGCAGCUCUGGAUUAUAUGAAAUAUUUAUGCAAUGCAGGUGAAAUCGCAAUGAGACUUUCCCACGUGAAAUGAUCGUAUGCCGUUUCGGGCCAUCUGAAUCUAUACGAAUUUUUUUUAAAUUAUUCUUGCAGAAUUUAUUUUUUAACUCUUAGACUUUUGAAAUUAAUUAUAAAGGAG